ACAAUAAAGAAUUACUUAAAAAAGAAGAAUUAGGUUACACAUUUUUAUUAAAUGUAUAAACAGUGUUUGUUUUAAUAAACUCAAUUGUCGAUAUAUGUCAUAAAAAUGGAGAUAGAUUUAGAAAUAUCAGAUGAAGAAUACGUAAUCCAAAGGGCGAAGGAAUCGUUCAAGAAUAAUCCUAGUAUAGCAAAGGGAUGGAUGCUAACAGCAAAAAUAAUGUACCCUAAUAACUUUGGGGUACAAUUUGAAGCUUAUCAGAUAGAAAAGAAUGCCGGUAAUGUUAAGGAAGCUGCAAAAUGUUUUAGCGAUUUGACUAUAAAAUUCCAACAACAACCAGAACUUUGGAAAGAAAUCGAGAAACUUACGGCUGCCUUAAGAGCUGAAUCUGACAAUAACGAUCCUGAAAAACAAUUUUUAUGUGAAAUGUUUAGACAUAUAUCUUCAGAUGUGCAACACAAGCUUUUACUAUUCACAGCUGAUCAUUGUGAAGAUACAAUGGAACAUUGUCGUUUACUUUUACUCCUUUUACAAAGGUUUCCAACAGCUAUUUCUAGCAAUGCACCAAGACUAGUGGAUACUCUUAUUAGCGCCGAAAAACAUAGUGUUGAUGGUCAUUUUCCUGUAAAUCCUUACAGGAAACUCUUAGUUUGUGAUUUAUUACCGCUCCUAGCCAAUGAAAAAGUCAAAGUAGAUUUGUCUUCCAAAUUAUUGCAAAAAUUGUUGCAUAAAGCAAUUGAAUUCUAUUUUUGUUACUUAGGUUUGAGUACAAACGCUAUUCAAGAUACUGAAACGAAAAUCGAAAACCCUUGGACUAAUCUAUUUAGCGUUAUUGAAUUUAUUGGUACUCAGCUCAACUGGGAACCAUAUCUUAUAAACUUUUCAACAAACUGGACAAAAGAAGGUUAUUGGCAGAAGAUCCUAACUUUUUGUCAAACAAAAUCAAAAACUCACCCUCUGGAAGAUAAACAACUGUUAUUUUGUUUGACCAUAUUUUUUGUUUACUGCCUGUUUGAAUAUAACAGCAGCUUAACACCGGAAUCUAGUCCUGGACAAAUUCCUACUUCGUAUAUCAUGGUAGAAGCAUUUUCAGAUUCAAGUUUACCAAAUUUAGUAACAGAAACCAAAAGUAAGAAACGUAAAAGUGAUUCUGAUAUGACUCACUACUCAACUCCGACAGUAACUGUUGAAAAACCACAACUCAAAAGCAUACAAAGUAAUUUCAUGGUCUGCAUGAAUUGUUGGGAUUUACUCAGCUCCUCGGAUAAUUUAAAAAGGGAGUUUAUUAAAUUAAACGCCCAUUUAAAUGUCGAUACUUUGUUGUCCGAAUUCGUUAUAGAUUAUGCAUUGUAUAAAGGAUUAUAUGAUGAGGCAUUAAUUUUUUUACACAAAAUAACUGACAAUAGUAUAUUGCUUCAAAAAUAUAUUCGAAUUACAGGUAUACUAUAUAGUAGAAAAAACUACAGUGCUUGUUUAGAACCAAUAACUUUAGCACUGCCUCUGCUACCUUCGAAUAUAGGAAGUUUGAGUAAUAAUUUGAUUACAGGGGGCAGUCAAAAACAUUUACAUUACUUACCCGUUACAAGAAUGAGUGUACUGCAGUAUUUAAUUAAGGUGUUAUUGAGGUGUAUUAAAGAAAACUUGCCCAAACAUAAUUACCCCGAUUCAAGUAUAGGACAUAUAUUUACACUGGCACAAUUAGACUGGCCUCAAGAGGAAGACUUUAUACCCCCUUUGUUAGAACAAAUUCAGCAACGCAGAUCAUUCCAAUACCAUUUAUUUCAAAGUUAUAUCAUUAACGUUGAUAUAUUAGAAGAAUUAACGUAUUUGUGGACGAGUCAAGGUGGUCAGAUUCAGCUAGAUAUUCUGCCUCAUUUAGGACAAAGAAGAAUAGGUACGAGGGGGGCAGAUAAAGGAGUUAAAGAAGAAAUAAAACAAGCGAUCCGUAGACAAAUUUCUAGAAGUAACGAGAAGUUAGAUGAAUUGUUAAUUAGUUUUAUAUUGAAUGAAAGAGCGCAAAUUCUACAGAGUUUAAUGUAACAUGAUAUGUUUGUAAAUAAAAUUCAAUGUUGA